AGCUUUCUCCCUAAUCACAGCUUCCCCUUUCUGUGAACCCAAGAAACAAAGAAAAAUGUUUGUUUUCCCCUUCAAAACUAAUCUGCUUCCCUAUAAAAACCAGAGCUUCACUACUCACUACAAAAUACCAACAACUCCUACCACGACCACCAAAAAAAAUAAAAUUAUACGUUAAGAAACCUAGAAAACCUCUCUCCUUUCUCACUCUAGUCUUCUCAGUAUGCCGUUAAGAUACCUCACCAGCGUCAAUUCUUCGUCGGCGAUGGCGGCAGAACCGCCGGACGCCGUCGACGUGGAUUCGGACUUUGUUGUCAUCUUGGCCGCUCUUUUAUGUGCCCUAAUUUGCGUGGUCGGUCUAGUCGCAGUCGCUCGCUGCGCGUGGCUCCGACGAGGUUCAGGUGCCUCGUCCGGAACCGGCCGGUCGCAGCCUCAGGCUUUGGCUAAUAAAGGGUUGAAGAAGAAGAUACUUCGCGCACUACCUAAGCUCACCUUCAAAGGUGACGUUAACGGCAAACAGGCGGACUGUGUCAUUUGCUUGACAGAAUUCGUGGACGGAGAUGAGAUCCGAGUGCUUCCGCAGUGUGGCCAUGUCUUCCAUGUUGGAUGUAUAGAUAUGUGGCUUGGGUCACAUUCAUCUUGUCCGUCUUGCCGCCAGAUUCUUGUCGUCGCUAUGUGUCAGAAGUGCGGCGGCUUACCGGCAACCUCUGCCGCCGUUGUUGACUUAGAAGCCGGAUUGAAGGCCAGAGAAGAUGAUGUCAAUAGGUUUUUGCCUUAAUCAUCUGGGGGAAAUCCCUUCCUUCCAUCUCUCUGCUUCUCCAUAUUUGUAUAAUCUUCUCCUUCCCCCCCCCCCCCCCUCAAAUUAGGGUUCUAAAGUUUCAUUUUUUUUUCCCUCUUUUCUUCUUCCACCUUGAUUUGUAAUUUCUCUUGUAAUGUUAGGCAUAUAUAUAUAUAUAUAUAUAUAUCUGAAUAUAUUGAGCUUAAAUCACUCCAA